AUGAGUAGUAAACCAAAGGUGCUUGAAGAUACGUGGACGUUCCAGGAAGUCGGCACGCCGUUUCCACAAAAUGCUGUUAAAGCCCACGGGCAGGCGAACAUGUACGUGGCGCUGGGGUACAAGCACGGCAAGCCGUUCAUGGGCCGGGCGUGGAACGAUUCGGGCGUCGUCCAGUGCUCCUUCAUCAUGAACGGCACCGUGCAGCAGGGCAAGGAGAUUGGCGGCUCUAUCCAGCUGCUUACCUACUCGAAGACACACUCCGAGGUCGGCUUCUGGUACGACUGGAUCCCGUUUACGCGGUGGAAGGAGGAGGAGGCACGCGACAUGUUCGCCGUCAGAUGCGGGGCUUCGGUGCCCGUGUUUUUACAGGAGAUGGUGUCUCUCGGUUACCUGGACACCGGCGAGGGCAAGGCGUACAUGCAAGUGGGCGAGCGGAAGUUCGAGACGGUCCCGUCCACCUCCCCAAAAUUCAACAACCUGCUCGUCCUCUGCCGUAUGAUCCACGGUGGACCUCCCCAUUGUCAGUGCCCCAUCUGCGCCACCUGCAAGACGAAAAAGCGCGCCCCAUUGAUGGUGAACGACUGGGUCGACUACAAGGAGGGCGAUCGGUUCCCGGUUGACAAGCCCGUGCACAUGGGCCUCGGUCGUGCCCUGGCGACACCGUGGGGCAACCAGGAGCAGUUCGUCGCCCUGUGGUAUCGCCACGGGAAGCCGGUAAUGGGCCGCGCCUGGAACGACUCGGGCAACAUUGGCGCGGCUUUUGUUGACCAAGGGCGAGUCUACCACGGGCGAACGGUGGGCAGCCUACAGCUCCUCGUCGAGCUCCCGCCACUCGUCGCCGGCUACGACUACAAGUGGAUCCCGUAUGAGGAGGUGGCUGCUAACCGUGAGGCGCCCGAAUGUCUGCCCCUCCAUAUGGACCACGUGGCCCCGUGCGUCAUCUGCAUCAACAACACCGAAAUCCUGGGCGGCAUCAACCUGAAGCUGGAGGUGGCCGAGUGCACGCUGCUCGACGGCACGCUGAAGCGCUACGAGGGCGGGCAGCUGAAGAAUUUCCUGGUGCUCUGCCGCAAGGAGCGCGACGACACGAUGUGGAUC